CCCUCACCAGGUUCAUCAUUCGUCUUCUUGCGGUGGCUCCCUGGGCCGUCCAGUUAUCCUCGAGGUCAAUCUCGGACGACGCCGCAUCUUGCCCCACCCUGAUCCCCAGGCCCACCCCGAUCCCCCGGCCCAUCCCCGAUCCAUAGACAAUGACCGCCCCCUUCGAACUUCCCGACGAGGUCUGCAUCCUCCUCACCGACGAGCUCGCCUCCCCGGCCGACUUCUACCUCUACUCGACCGCUUUUCAGAGGUUGAAGGGCGGGCGCCGCGUUCUCGUUGUGUCAGCGGCGGACGAUCUGGCGCGGUGGAAGGCUGUUGCGGGGAAAUCGGGUGUGAAUUCUGCGCAGCAGGUAGUGAACAAGGCGUUUGAGUACUAUGAUGUUUCUGCCGAGCUCGAUCGGGUUCUCGAGAGCGUAGAUCAGGAUGGCGCGCCUCCUCUUCGCGCGCUGUACGACACCAUCGUCGACCGCUUAGCGCAACAGGAGGCACCGUCCCUCAUCAUACUCGACGCGCUGCCGGAGAUGCUAUGGUUAGGUCUGCCGGAGAAGGACGUGCGACUGUUUUGUAGGGCCCUGCGUGCGCUUUGUCUGAAGAACCACACGGGCCUCCUCAUCCGCUUUCACACGACGGCAGACGGCGAACACGACGAGCUGCUCGCCUUCUUGACGCAGCUCUGUCAGUUCCGCGUGGACGUAUGCCCGCUCGCGAGUGGGCGGAGUGGGCUGGUCAGCGGGGAGAUCGUCCUCCGUCGUGGCGCAUCGUGCUUCGUGCAGCAUAUGAACGUCAAGACUAUCCCAAGGAGCAGCGCCCUUCAGUAUAGACUAUCAGACUACAGUGUCAUGUACUUCGAGAAGGGCACGGAUAGAGCUGUUUUGUGACUUGCUGCUGA